UCAUAUCUACAAAACGGCUUUUCAAGCUUGCAAAAAUAUUGUGUGUUUUUAGAGGAAUCGACGAAAUAAAAGCGUAACACCACCGCGUAAAAAGAGGUUUCAUUGUACUGUUUAAAACUGAAACUGUGAACAAAAAACAUCGAGUCAUCCCCUCUUCAAUAUAUUGAAAUGACCGUUAAAUUGCUAAUCUCAAGUUUAUUUUCGCUUGCUGCUGAAUAAAAGUGAAUCAAACAUUUCCGAGAAUAUUUCAGCAUCUCUCGUAGUAAUGGUCAACGAUUUCAUUCACUAACAAUUUUUCACACGCUGUUGACGUCCGCGUAAGAUUCGUGCUGACUGAUAUAUACUACGAGGGUAGUCCACUGAAGCGCCAGUACAAGUUGGGCGUUCGUAAAACUCACACAGAAUGAGCAGCUCGAAACAGGCAAACCACGUCAACGAUGACGUCAACUUUGAUUAUAAGCUGUGGAACCAACGCAAGGCCACGUUUGAGGAUUCACUAAUAAAGAAUUUGAAAUCAUCGAUUUCAAGUGGAUCAGUUCCAAGUUUUGUGAAUUACAUAGCAGAUGGCGUGAAUGAAUUGGAAGCCUUAUAUUCAGUGUUACCAGGUGGUUCAAAUGGCGAUGAGUCGCAGCUACAUCGGAACAAAAAACUUCGGACAUUUUUCGGUGAAAUGUGUAAAACAGAUGUCGAGGGCGGUUUUUUGGUGGAAUUUUUAGUGCAAAUACCAGUGUCGAACGAGUCAAUUCCCCAGUUGGCCAACCAGUAUCCGCUUCACAUUGCGAUAGGAGCGGGAGCAUUCACAAAUGUCGAAACGUUGCUGAACCUGCCGAACACCAACGCGAACGUUCUGUGGAAGAAGCAAACUCCACUGAUGUUGCUGUUCAAAGUUACCAAAGCGGAAAACUUUCCACUUGUCAUGAAACUGGUUUAUCUUUUGGCAAGCAAACAAGCUGAUAUCAACAUUGGGGACUAUACGAAGCAUCCGCUGUCGGUGGUUUGCGGUCUGACCACGAUCACCGAUGCGCAGAAGCACGAACUGCUGACAUUGUGCUUCGAACUGUUCAAAUGCGACGUGGACAGUUUCUUCAAUGGGCAAGCUAGACGCGAUGUAACGGCGUUACUUCCAGACUUCGUGUUUGAAGCAAAGCGCGCCGAAAUUUCGCUAGAAAUGAUGAAGUCUCUGCUGCUAGCCGGAAUCGAAGACAUGUUCAUCGAUGAACUCGACGAGUUCAUCCAGACCAGAAGAAACUCAACGAACGAGCUCGCUGAACUGCUUAUGCUAGCCUCGUCCAAAGGCAGAAGUCAAGGGGUGGAGGCAAUUCUCAGCAAAUCAGCCAACAAUGAGGAAUUAAUCAAACAGAUCGAUAAACUUUCCAAGGUCCUCAAGAUAGUGUGCUCCAAAGGCUACCCGCAAGUGCUGGAGCUGUUCCUCCUGUACAUCAGCCAACCAGCGGUGUUCAACGAACGUCCACUGGCGUUGACCUGUGUGCAGCGGCUGUACCGGGCUCGAACUGCCGAACUGGAGGAAUGCCUCGGGAUGCUGCUGGUGGAUCCCAGAGUGUCGAUCGAGCUGUGCGAUCACCUGGGACGGACGGCGCUCAACUUUGCCCGCCAGCACGAGAUGAACCAGGAAGUGUUUUCCAUAGUCGACAAUGAAGCUAAAAGUCUGAUUAGAGAGUAGGAUGAAUUUACACAUUGCGGAGCUGAAACUAAAUCUUUUAAAACAAGAAGCCGAUUGUUAAUUUAUAUAGCUGUGAUACUUUGUGUUCAUUUCAAUUGAUUAUAAUAAGUUUUCAAAAUCAUAAACCAAUAGAUAAUAAACCAUUGUAAUGUAAAAACAAUCUCAUGAAGCAGAAGUGAGGUUUCAUUUACUUUAUAUUUAAAAAAACAAUUACUUAAAAAUUUUAAGCAGCAGAUCAUUUAAAAUCCCUUGUUAAAAGACUCUCCCAACAAUGUUUUUACAAGCAAAAUUUAAUCAUGAUUUUUCUUUUUUAUCAUAUCUUAAAAGUCUCUUUGUGGUUUAAUUUUCUAAAAUUAAUAUAUUUAAAUUAAAAAUGAAAACAUCUGGCGUCUUUUAAAAAGCAAAGAUGACAAAUUGUAAAAAUGUUAAAUAGCAUUUUGACCCAUUUUUAGAACAUAUUUAUAAUUAAUCGAUAGUAAAUUGAGUGUUAUGUCGUAAAAAAUAUUGAAUAAUACUAAUCAAUUUUUCGGCACUGCUAAUGACCGAUUCUUCGGCUCCUUUUCAAAAAAUUCCCAAGUUUUUUUCAGCGUUUUGGCUGUAGUGGCACAAUUAAAGGAGAAACCCCCCAAUGUUAUCACAUAUUUGAAAAGAUAAUCGAUUUUCCAACAUAGAAAUGACCUGCGUAAUGAACAAUAUUAUACCUGUACUUCUCCUGAAAUGAAAAUGUAGCGUGACGGGACAACAUCGUAAAACUGGAAUUUUAAAAGGCACACCAAAAAAAUCGACACAGUUUUGCCAGAUUGAUUUUUUAAAACUUUUGCUCUUCUACACAUUAUUACAAAUUGAAAAACGAAUCUUUUGCUCCUUGAACUGAAAGAUUUGGUUGAAAUUUGAGUUUUUGCCAGCCAUUUCUUUUCGUGACGGGACAACGAAAGGAGCAGUUUUAUGAAAAAAACUCCUCUUCCAUUCAAUGACUUGGAGACCUUAUUUGGUCAAUAUUUUUGGCAUUUCAGAUAAGAAAACGCAUUUAAAGCACAUUGCAAUUAUUAGAU